AUGGAACAAAAAUUAUCACUUAUGUAUUCUUGGAGUUUUAGGGAUUUAAAAUACUCCUUUUACCUCUUACUACAGUUUCAGGCACCUUAUUUACCCUGGGUACUUCUUGGAUUUUCUGUAUUACUUGGAAAUGCUGUAUGGGUAGAUUUAAUUGGAAUGGCUGUAGGUCAUAUGUACUAUUUUGCAGAAGAUGUUUUUCCACGCCAAAUUGGUGGAUUUCGACUGCUGCGAACACCGCAAAUACUGAAGGCUAUUUUUAAUUCUCAGACUGGUGGUACAGAUUAUACUCCAUUACCAGAAGACAGACCUGGAGGUUUCAAUUGGGGACAAGUCCCAAAUAUACAGUGAUGGAAUAUCUUAUUUUUCAAAACUUUCAUACAAAAUUUCUAUAUCUAUACACAUAUUUAUUUAGUGGUUUCUAGCGUUCAAGAAUAGAAACUAUCCUAAAAUAUAGUCCUGACUAUAAUUUGUAUAAAUGUUGAAUAUUUAUUUCUGUGUACAUACAACAUUAUUACAUGAAAGUUUAUUAAUGGCAUACUAAUGUUGAUAUGAUUAAAAGAUUUAUAAUAUUUUAAUGUUCAUGUUUUUAGUUUAUAUUCAAUAUCACAAUAGUGUUAAAUAAAGAGCUAUAAUCUUAGUUGUAAUAUAAGGAAACAUGU